AUGAGCAGCAGGAAUUAUCAGGCUCUACUUAAAAUCAGAGAUAAAAUGGUCGCUGGCAAAGAUAUCGAUACAGAAUUAAUACCUCAAAUUCUUCCAAUAGACCUUCUGAAAUCUGAGCAGCUAGAGAAUGUUGCUGAUAAGGCUUGGUCUAUGCAUGGUGCUAUAGAUAUCCUUAUUAAUAAUGCAGGACGGGUAUACACUAUCGAAGACUGUGAGUUGUAUUUACAGGCACAUUAUAAGUAUGGUAGUACUUCCAUAUACUUCUCUAUUACCAAAGAUGAUCCAGCGCAAAUAAGGCCAAAUAUUUUUAGACCAGUGUUAGGGAAAAUGGCAGUUCCAUAUCGAUCAACAUUUAUGGAUAAAGAUACCGACGAGGGAAUGGCACCGGAGAAAUUCGCCGCUGCAAUGACUGAAUAUGCUAUCAACGAGGAAAAAGACGUAGUAAUAUGUUCGUUAAUUCCGAGACUAGGAAUAUUUUCGAAAUAUUGUAUUCCUAGUUUACAUUUUUGGAAUGAACCCAUACCUGAAUAUCAAUUGGAAGGAUUUAAUUGCAGUAGGCAAGUUUUAGGUGAAAAAUUUUAA